AGAAGGGGAUUCAGCUGGGCUUAUGAUGCUGUUCCAAUCCAGUCUAGCGUGGUGUUAUGCUCCUGUUCUUCCCCAUCGAUGGUGAGGAACCAAGCGGAUUCCAGCACUCCAUCUGUCAUUUCCACCUGUGGCAGCAGACAGGGAUCUAACAUGGAGGGCACUGCCGCUGAAUCAAGAUCCAGUUCCAACUCCAUGCAGCAGCAUACAGGACAGCAGCCUCCACAGCCUCGAAAGAAACGACCUGAUGACUUCAAAUUUGGGAAAAUUCUGGGUGAAGGAUCAUUUUCAACAGUGGUCUUGGCUCGAGAAUUGGCAAGUUCUAGAGAAUAUGCCAUUAAAAUUCUAGAAAAGCGUCAUAUCAUAAAAGAAAACAAGGUGCCAUAUGUGACACGAGAGAGAGAUGUAAUGUCCCGCCUGGAUCACCCUUUUUUUGUGAAACUCUACUUCACCUUUCAAGAUGAUGAAAAGCUGUAUUUUGGGCUGAGCUAUGCCAAAAAUGGAGAGCUGCUAAAGUAUAUACGCAAAAUCGGCUCAUUUGAUGAGACCUGUACCAGGUUUUAUACUGCUGAAAUUGUAUCAGCCCUGGAGUAUUUGCAUGGGAAAGGGAUAAUUCACAGGGAUCUUAAGCCAGAGAACAUCUUGCUAAAUGAAGAUAUGCACAUUCAAAUAACAGACUUUGGAACAGCAAAAGUAUUAUCUGCAGAUAGCAGACAAGCACGGGCAAACUCAUUUGUAGGGACAGCACAGUAUGUUUCUCCAGAACUGCUGACAGAGAAAUCUGCCUGCAAAAGCUCUGACCUCUGGGCUCUGGGAUGUAUAAUAUAUCAGCUUGUAGCUGGAUUGCCUCCGUUUAGAGCUGGAAAUGAAUACCUUAUAUUCCAGAAGAUAAUAAAGUUGGAAUAUGACUUUCCAGAAAAAUUUUUUCCCAAGGCAAAAGAUCUUGUUGAAAAGCUACUGGUUCUAGAUGCUACCAGCAGAUUAGGUUGUGAAGAAAUGGGUGGAUAUGGACCUCUUAAGGCUCACCCCUUCUUUGAAUCCAUUGUGUGGGAGAACCUACAUCUUCAGACACCCCCAAAACUUACAGCGUAUUUACCUGCUAUGUCAGAGGAUGAUGAAGACUGUUAUGGAAAUUAUGACAAUCUCCUGAGUCAGUUUGGUUGCAUGCAAGUUUCUGGUUCUGCCUCUUCCUGUUCACUGUCCGCCCCAGAGACAAGUACACCACAGACAUCAGGAGGAAAUAUUGAACAGUAUAUUCAUGAUCUUGACAACAAUUCCUUUGAGCUGGACUUGCAGUUUUCUGAAGAUGAAAAGAGGUUACUUCUGGCAAAACAAGCUGGUGGAAAUCCUUGGCAUCAGUUUGUAGAAAAUAACUUAAUCCUAAAAAUGGGUCCAGUGGACAAAAGAAAGGGAUUGUUUGCACGUCGGCGCCAAUUGCUGCUCACAGAAGGGCCCCACCUGUAUUAUGUGGAUCCUGUCAACAAAGUUCUGAAAGGAGAAAUUCCGUGGUCUUUAGAGUUGCGGCCAGAAGCCAAGAAUUUUAAGACAUUUUUUGUUCACACACCAAACAGGACAUAUUACCUGAUGGACCCGAGUGGGAAUGCUCAUAAAUGGUGCAAAAAGAUACAUGAAGUUUGGCGGCACAGAUACCACCAGAAUGCUGCUAAGUAGUAAAGCUCAUCCAAAAUUUCCCAGUUUCCCUACUUGCUGCUAGAACUCAGCGUGCAGCCGAUCAGAGGAAUCUUUUCAACCCACGUAUUACCAUCUCAAGGGGAAGCAUAUGUCUGAAAUGUUCUGGUUUGG